UGCAUUCGCUUUUGCAGGCGAAAUUAAAUCAAGCACCACACCUGAUAUUUAUCCCAAUACUUAUUCUCCUGCUCCCCCAAUUGAUACUGAACAUACUUAUAAACCUACCCAUACUUACGAUACUCAUACUGAAUAUACUUAUACACCUAUUCAUACUGACGAUACCCAUACUGAAUAUACUCAUACUUGCACUGAGCUUACUUGUGACGACAAUAGUCAUACUGAUAUUCCUACUACAUCUGUUGAAUUACAAGCUAUACUGCAU